AUUAUCUUACACCGUGGCUUGGGCGGAGGCGGCCAGAGCCAUUGACGUCGCUCGCAGACUGACUACGCGUGUCACGUGCUUCAGAGGGAACACAGAGCAGUCGAGCGCGUUGGGCUUUCGCCACCCUAAGUCCUUGAGCCAGGCAAGCGCAGCGGUCGCUUUUCCUGCCGACUGACCUUCGCCGGGAAGGUGUCUUCGUAUCAACCUCCCAGUCGGCGGCGCACAGUGGCAGUGGAAAGAAGUCUGGAUACAAGCAGAGCUGAAAGGACGAACCAAAAUGCCUGUGCUUCCAUCCUAUAUCGAAGUGGACGGACUUCGAGUACCCCAAGGCUUCGAUCCUGAAUGCGUGCGAGAGGCGCUCAACUUCAAACCUAGAGCUGGCGACAUCUUUGUGGUCACUUUUCCUAAAUGUGGAACCCACUGGGUCCAGCAGAUCCUACAACUCUUGGUUCACCGCGGCGAAUCCGCGACCAAUUGCUUCCAGUUCCAGAUGCAAACCCCGUUUCUGGAGUUUACUGGCACCAAGACAUUGGACGCCCUGCCGCCUCCCAGGCUCUUUAAGACCCAUCUGAGCUUCGAGAGACAGCCGUACCACAAGGAAGCUAAAUAUGUGUAUGUCGCCCGUAACGUCAAGGACUGUUGCGUUUCCUUUUAUCACCACACCCGCGGUCUUCCGGGAUACCGUUUCAAAAACGGCUCUUUCGACGACUACUUUGAUCUUUUCGUCAAGGGCGAGACAGAUUUCGGAGACUACUUCGACCACCUUCUUUCCUGGUACGCUCACCGAAACGACCCGAACGUCUUCUUCACCACCUUCGAAGACCUGAAGAAGGACACCCGCGGCAUAGUACUGAAGAUGGCGCGCUUCCUCGGCGAAGAGUACGCGAAGAUGCUGGAGGAUGACCCGAACAUUCUGAAGCAGGUUCUGGACAAGAGCAGCAUGGCGUACAUGAAGCAGGCGGUGGACAUGCAUCCCGAACAGGUGCAGAAGCUCGUCAGUGAGAACCCGCAGCUCGUUCCGCAAAGUGUACUCAACAUGAUCCUGGAAGAAGACGGCAGCCCCUCGUCCAUGCAAUUCAUACGUAAGGGCGUGGUAGGAGACUGGAAGGGACACUUCACACCAGAACAGAUUAAACGAAUGCAAGCCAGGAUCGAGGAGAAGACCAAGGGUUCGGAUGUCAUGAGCCUUUGGGCCGAAGGGUGAUGACACAUUUUACGCCAUUCAAUAUCAUUCCGUAAACGUAGUUUUUUUUUUUCCUUGACAACUUAUCUGACAGAAACAAACUGGGACGAAAAACGAAGCAUGCUGCUUAGUGCGCAGAGCGCCGACAUCCAAGGCGAUGACCCCCUACAAUAAGUUGAGCGAGAUUACCUCAAUUUAUAUAUAGUUUUGUUGCAAGUGCCAAUAAACAAAAAAUAAGGUA